AGCCCCAUUUCUUCAACAACAGGAUGAAGAUAUUGAAAUGUUAGAUGAAGUUAUUGAUAAAAUGAAAGAAACCAAAGAAAAUCCUGGUCUGAAGAAAGUUUGUCAGGAAGAUGAGUUAAUAAGACAGUUUGGGUUGUAUCAUCUGGGAAGAUUGGGACCACUGGAAGAGCAAAGACUGAAAGACCAAGACAAUGUGAGAACAAAAAUGAGAAGCUUAGCCAGACUGCUUGUAAGAUUAAAUGGAGAGGAACUGUUCAGCUAUCCUUUAAGCCAUUUCAUCUGUGCUCAAAAAUUUGAUUUAGUGGCAAAAACUGUGAAAGAAAUGUAUCAAGAAAUUGGUUCAUCACAGCUGGGCUUAAACUUAGGACAUUAUAUAAAACAGGUAAGCCUGCUGAAAUCAAGCAUGUGCCUUCGCAGACAGGACUGUAGGCGGAAAAAAGAGGCAAACGAGUUCACAGAAAUGUUCGAUGCCGAGUGGAAGGGAAAGGUUUCAUCAGUCGCCAACAGAAGCAAGCGUCUAAAAGCAAUGAACAAAAGAUGUGAACUUCCUUCUACUGAAGAUUUAGUGUCCCUCAAAAAAUUUCUUGUGGAAGAAAUACAAAUAAAAAUGGAAAACCCAGCACCAACAUAUCCCGAGUAUGUGUACAUAACACACUUACUGAUCGCCCGCAUAGCACUCUUCAACAAAAGAAGAGUAAAUGAGGUCUCUGAGCUGAAAGUGAGUGACUUCCAGAAGCGAAUAAGAGGAGAUGAAUUAGACACAAACACCGAAAUCUACAAUUCCCUGGCUGUCAGUGAAAAGGCUCUGUUAAAGAGAAUGGAACUUCUUGAGGUAAGAGGGAAGAGCACUCGGGGACUGAGGAAGGUGUUUGUAAUUCUAAGCACCGACAUGGUGGAAGGUUUGUCGCACCUCUUGAUGGUUCGUGCGCAGGCUGGUGUACCAUCAACAGACACGUUCCUAUUCUCCAGAUGUACAGAUUCACCACAGGAUGGCUGUGAAGCACUGAGAGUGGUCACAUCUAAGUGUCACAAUCUUGCCUUUCCAGAACGGGUCAGGACAACAAAACUGAGAAAGUAUUUGGCAACUACUACUCAGAUAAUGGAUAUGAGAGAUGAUGAGCUGAAGUUAAUUGCUGAUCACAUGGGACACUCUGUUGCCAUACAUACUGAAGUGUACAGAAUGCAGACGUCAGUGCUUGAACGAACAAAAGUUGCAAGGGCUCUUCUAGCUUUAGAAGAUGGUAAACUACAGGGGUUUAAUGGUCGCGACCUUUCGUCGGUCAGCCUUGAUGAAUUGCCUGAACCUGAACCUUACAAAGCAGGGUCAUUUGAAGAAUUGUCUGAACCAGACAACAGCUAUGAGGAUGUUCCUGAAGUUGAAACAGAAGCUGUACAGAAGCCUCAUGCAUGUACAGGAUCAAAAAAACGAUGGUCGAAAGAGGAGGAGAGUGCUCUACGGGAAGCCUUUGACAUUCAGAUAAAAAUGCAGAAAAACGUUUCAACAAUGGAGAUCAGGAAAGCACAGAAGUGUUAUCCUGUGUUGCAAGACAGAUCAGAAGCUGUUAUUCGGACAAAAAUAAACAACAUCAAAUUAGGAAAAUACAAAAAAAUAUGAACUGAAUUCAACCACUGCUAGAUAAGGGUAAUUUAAAAAAAAAUAAAGCCAUUGGUUUACAGUUGUAUGAUCAUGAACAUUUCUUGUGUCAGAAUGCCGAAAUUGAUGAGUGAAUUGGACUUUGCAAAGACAUGUGUUUUUGAAAUUAUAAAUGACUUUCACUGUUUAGUUUUCGCAGUGACCUUUGGAGGAAAUUGCUUUUCCAAUCAAUAACUGGAGAACCGUUGGGCCAAGCUUUGUGAAACUUAAUAGGAAGGUUUGUUUUUUUGUUGACCUCUAUUGUUUUUAGGUGACUAGGUCAAAGGUCAAAGUGACCUUGUAUGUUCAAACACUGUGAAAGAGUUGGGCCUAAGUUAAAGAAACAUAGUGUAGUUGGCUGUGACCAGUAGAUGGCACCUAUGAAUUUUCAGGUCACAGAAUAAGUUCAAGGUCAUAAGUGCAAUGUUGCAUAUAGAGAUAUUGUAUACUCUCAUUUUGCGACAAAUAUUGGCAUGGGGCAUCUGUGUUGUAUGGACAUAUUUCUAGUUCAUCAAGCGAGUUUGUAUUUGUACCUGCCAUGCACCGGCAUUGACUAAUGGAUCAGUCUGGGUGCAAGGUGUGCAGUCUGAUCUGGGUCACACUGUUUGCUAAUCACCAGUAAUUAUUGUAGAUCUCUUAUGAACAGCAUGGCCCAGUUUAGACUUUGAUCUCAAGAGCAGUUUGGUCUAAGUCAAUGCUGGUUGCUGAUGCAUGAUGGUUGCUUGUACAUCAGACCUUAUUUGUACCUGUUUAAACAUUAUUUUCUUACUUUUGUCAGUUUUUUUUUCAUUUGUUGUGUCAUUAUAUUUAAGGUCCAGAAGCACAGUUGUCAAUUACGUUGGAGCAGUAUUAGAGUCACUACAUUACUUAAACAUACUGACCUUUUUUAGCUAUUGUGAUCACUAGGUUGUCGAUAUUGUCUGCGCCAUCGUCAGCCACGGCGUGCAAACACUUUUAUGUAAGCCAUAACAUUUAUUAUCGCAAAUGGCAAGAGCUUUCAAAUGGCUAAUAUUUCAUUGAGUGUGACCUUCUUGGUGACCUUCAAAAAAAGACAAGCAUUGGGGCAUUACGACUCUUGUUUCAUCAAAAAAAAAUAUUUGUUCAAGGUAACUACAAUUAGUCCUCUACAACUUUCACAUUUUAUUUAGUUCAACAGUUCUAUCACAUUUUACAAGUUUUACAUAUUUUUGAGAAAAAAAGUAAAGCUGUGCUACUGUGGACAUUCAUUGUUUUACUCUUUUUUAUUAUUAAUUAAUGAUCUUUAAGAUUGGUAUCUUCAUUCCAUUUUGGACAUGGUCUGGUCAGUAUAAGUAUUAUACAUAUGAAUGUUAGAAGGUUCAUAUAUCUAUGUUUGCAAUUACAAGAUAAAAAUGCAGAUAAUAUUGCAGCCAAAUUGUGUUACAAUGUAUUACUAUCUGAUGUGUUGUGUGUCAUUGAAUAGCAUAAUCCAUGAGACAUCUUGCACCCAAGCUGAUCCAGGCAAAUGCUGGUCAUGCCCAAAGAAUUUUAUCUGCCAUUGAUUCUUAGAAGGUUUGUGCCCAGCACAUCAUCAGGCACAUUGAAUUUUUACCGUAAUGUAACAAUAAUACAUUGUUCUGGUUCUUACAUAGUUUCAAAUCGUGUAUUACUGUAUACAAAGUUCCCAUUUUAUGUCAUGGGCACAUGCAAGAUGCACAGAGAUGGCAAUAUUGAUAGUCCAGCAAUAUCAGUAGAUUUCUAUAUGAAAUGUAUAUAAACAGAAAUUUCAUUUUCUUUUAAUUUCAUCAUUUCUGGUCAUAUACCUAUCGUUCAUAUUUCAUUGGAAAGCUCUUGAAAUUCUUAAGAUUUCAUAAUUAAAAACUAAAAAUGAGGUUAAACAAACAGACCAUUUAUUGUUCAAUGUUCUUUUCAGUCAAAUUAUGGGAAAAAAAUCAUAUAGUGUAACUUUUAUGCUUAUAAUUUUCUGUAGACAAUAUUAUAUUGUAAAAUAUAUUUAUAUCUAAAAUGCAAAAUGAAUAACAGUUAAAAUGAUACCAUUUUGAGCUCACCUGAGCACGAAGCUUUUAGGAUCACCUUACGUCCGUUGUCCGUGGUGUGUCAACCUGCUUCAAAUGACAUCGCCUAAACUAUGCCAAUUUUGAUAAAACUUUACAAGAAUGAUCAUUGGGUGACCCUAUACUAAAAUUGCUUUAUUUGUUCUGCUUUUGUUGCACAAGAUGACUAUCAUUACUAAAAAUAAAAAAAAUCUUUAAGUGGCAUAUUCUUUUAAACCACUACGCCAAAUUUGCCAAAUAAGUUUACAGAAGUGAUCCUUGGGUUAUCCUUGACAAAAUUGAUUAAAUCAUUUCUUUAUGAUGCAAGAGAUGGCAGUUGUCGCUAGAACAUUAUUGGAUAUUUUGACAUGAACUAGUACACUAAUUGUUCAGGUGAGUGUCUAAGGGCCAUCGGGCCAUCUUGUUAAUAUACCCUCUCAGAGCUGUUAACAAUAUUUUUUAUAUUUAGUUAAAAAAUAACAGAAGCUAUUAACAUUUUCCCCCACUGUAAUUGUAAACUAUCAAAAUGGCUGCCAGAUUAUUGUAAAUAAGAACAAUAUAACUCUUAUCAGAUAGAAAAAUUGGUGCUUUGAAAACUAUAUUGAUAUUUUAUCUGUUUCUAUGUAUAGACGGCUUUGUAAAUUUCAUACAAUGAGUAGUUGGUUUCCUAUUGAACUAUUACGCCAUUUUGGCAUAGAACGUAACCAAAGAAUAUGUACUUUGUGAAGUUGUUUAGGUGAUGAGUUUCAGUACUGUUUCAGUCACUUUAAAUCUACACGUAAAAAAAUAUUUAUAAAUAUUUUAGAAUUCAUCCUCUUAUAAAAUGGAAAAGUUAAUGAAUACGUAAUAUACAUCUGUACUUUUUCAAGUUAGUAUUAUUUUGUAAAAUUGUUAUGAAUAAUUUUAUUCAUUAUAAAUCAUGUCAUGGAUUUUUAAUUACAUGUAAAUCUUAGUAUUGUGCUAUAGUCAUAAUUCUUUUAACUACAUUGUGAAAGUGUGACCUAGUGCUACUUUGACAUAAUAUAAUUGUUGUAAUAUCCUAAAAUCUGUUGUAAGUUUUGUUGCUUGUUAAUACAGUUCUACCGGUACUUGUUCUUGAGUUCAUAUUACUUUAGAAAUUAAUUAUGUUAGAUGUAUGUGUUUACAUCACACACAAUUGUGAUUCUACUGUAUAAUUAUAUAAGUAAAUAUGUCCAAUCUAGAAUCUGUUUUAUACUGAGCUUUCAUAUUUGGUAUGUAGCAUUAUCUAGAGGUCCGCUACCAAAGUUGUUCAAAUUGUUCCUCUGGGGUCAAAAUUGACUCCGCCCUGGGGGUCACAAUUUUACAUUGAAUUAUAUAAGGAAAACUUUAAAUGACUUGAACUGCUAAUGGGAUUUUGACCAAACUCAACAGAAAUGGUCCCUGGGUAGUCCUCUACCAAAAUUGUUCAAAUGGUUCUGAUUGGUUGCAUAAGUACACAUUGUCAAAAAAAAAAGGUUUUUAAAAUGCAACUUUCAAAAAUCUUCUUGUCUGAAACUACAAGACCCAGAGCUUUCAUAUUUGGUAUAUAGCAUCCUCUAGAAGUCCUCUUCCAAAUUUGGUUUAAGUUAUGCCCCUAGGGUUAAAAUUGACCCCGCACCGGGGGUCACAAUUUUACAUUGAAUUAUAUAAGGAAAACUUUAAAUGACUUCUUAUCUUGAACCGUUAAUGGGAAUUUGAACAAACUCAACAUUAACGGUCCCCUUACCACAAUUGUUCAAAUGGUUCUGAUUGGUUGCAUAAGUAGGUCAAGGGGUAAAAAAAUAGGUUUUCUAAAUGCAAUUUUCAAAAAUCUUCUUGUCUGAAACUACAAGUCCUAGAGCUUUCAUAUUAAUUUCAUGUAUAACAUCAUCUAGAGGUCCUCUACCAGUAUUUGGUGGACAACAUUAGUGGUCCUCUGUAAAUGGCUCCAUUGUGACCUUUGACCUUUUCCUAAGGUGAGCGACCCAGGGCCCUUUGGGCCCUCUUGUUAUUUUUCAUUAAAGGGACUCUCUCAGACACGUGUAAUUUGGGAGUAAAUAAACGUUAAAAAUUU